CAUGUUUUUCUACAAUGUCAGCCGCCGAGGUACAUGCGUUUCUUGGAGGCCACAGGAAAGCCUUAAAGAUGUUACAGUGUAAUUGAAUUUCAACAGAAAUAGUCUUUUGUGGCACAUAAGCAGCGAAUUUCACUAGAGCGCUUCGUUGUGGAAAAGUGAGAUCUUUCGAAUUCGUAGACAUGUAUAGAAGGAGUAAACCCAUUAAAAAGCUCUUGAGUCUUGUACCAGGAAAACAACGCUUUGGAAUUUACAGAUUUUUGCCAGUAUUUUUUUGCCUCGGUGGUGUUAUGGAAUGGGUGAUGAUAAACGUGAGAAUAGGAAGAGAGACGUUUUACGAUGUCUACAGAAGAAAACGCUCAGAGAGGGAGUACCAGAAGAAAUUUGACGAGAGACUGAUUGUACUUGCUACGACACAACCCAAAUAAACAUUAGGAAUAUUUUCACUAAAAUUUGGAUGUAUGCAGAACGAAAUGAUGCGUAAUGAUGAGACUCGAGUGGGUGGUGCAUCGGAGGCUUUUGUUCACGUAGCUGUAAUUGUUUGUCAAACGAGUGACAACAAAAUACAUAAAGAAAGACUAAUGGGAAAACAAGAUGUAUUUAUUAACAAUUAAAAUAUUUGAAUAUUGCUACAUUACAGAACACUGUAAUAACAUUGAGUUUUCCCACUUCCUUGUCAAUACAUAUGUUGUACAAUUCCUUGCCCUCAUCUUUACCUGUUAAAUAAAAGGUAGCAAAAUGAUUACACAUUA